AUGACCACUAGAGUGCCAUCCUUCAUGAUACGGGACCUUCUCACACCUGAGGAUUCCAGGCAAAGCCCGAAGGCGACUGAGGGGGAACUGGUUGAAGGCGUGCGUACAGAUGCGGGUUCAGACGGACUCGUCUGUCUACUAGGUGCUACCACCAUUUCUGGCCAUUUCGACUUCCCCAGGGAUUUUAAGGGUUUACUUAUUCUUUCACAAAUUGACAAUCCUGGCGAAGAGCCACAGGAAAUCGGAACCCACGAAGACUUCCCUUACAUUUUAGGCACUGCUGUAAAGAAUGCCUCCAGCCAAUCCCAACAACUUUUGAGCACGGCUGACCAAUCCGACGACGGGCUUUUAAAAAAGCCUCGCAAAGCAAGGACGGCGUUCACAGACUCUCAGCUGACUGAGUUAGAGCGGAACUUUGAAUCACAAAAGUACCUCAGUGUGCAGGACAGAAUCCAAUUAGCCAACAGGCUCAAGCUAAACGACACACAAGUUAAGACGUGGUACCAAAACCGCAGAACGAAAUGGAAGCGACAAACAGCCGUCGGCCUUGAACUACUCGCCGAGACAGGAAAUUUCAUUGCCGUUAAACGCAUCCUCCAAACAAGCCCCUACUGGGCCCUACAUCCAGCCACCGAGGCCAUUCUUGCAAACAUGGAAGCAAUCUCAAGACAGCCGCCACAAUCUACAGACAGUUCGUCUCCCCUGCCACCUUCCGCAGCACCCCCAACAUCCGAGUCUGCCAACUCGAUCGCAGACGAGGGAGCCCUCAAGUCAGCCCCUGAUGGACUCCACCAAUUUCUCCAAUCUCUUCUCAUCCCCAAUCCCGCACCAAGUAACACCUUCGCCGCAUCACCAUCAAGUUGGCCUGGACCAAUCAUGUCACCGCACCAGGGCUUCUGUUAA